AUGGUGACGGCCAGCCCAGCCGUAUCAAAACCAGGCACGGAUAAGAAAUGUGACAUUUGUGACGCGACUUUUAGCAGGCAAGAGCACCUUGUUCGCCAUAUCAAGUGUCAUACUCGUGAGAAGCCCUUCAAGUGCCUCAUUUGCGACAAAGGAUUCGCUCGCCAAGAUGUCCUGAAUCGUCACCGCACGUCGCACCAGCAGGUCAACGAAGAAGCACGCUCUACGACGCGUUCCAGGGCAUGCAAGCAAUGCGCUACUAGCCGAGCUCGCUGCUCCCGGAGCGAUCCGUGCAGGCGAUGCAUUGAACGCAACUUGACUUGUACUUUUCCUACAGCACGGAAACCCAAGACUCUAGGGAUUGUCGGCUCGAGCAUGGAGGUUGACGGUGAGCCACAUGGUAUGAGACUGGAAGCAAUUGACCAAACAGUUGGUGGGCAGGCUGAAGAUGGAACCCCGCUGCUUACGAUCGGACCUGGGACAUCUGUAGCCAUCAACAAUACCGAUUUGAACGAAUGUGGCCCCGAUGGAGCAAAUGGGAAUCGGUUGACAACCAGAACUGAUACUUGGACCCAGCAACCAGCCCUAUUUGAAGUUUCUCAGACUGUUGGUUCAGUAGACCCCGGCAACCAGCGCAUUUACGAAAUCAAUCCCAUCUCGGGUUUGAACGAACAGGUCAUGGAUCUACUCUCAAUGAACUGGAUGUCUCCUGAUUCUGCUUCAUUUGGAUGGAACGGAGUCAUUGCCGCGCCGCCCUACGCUGAAGAUGACAAGAGCGAUCUAUAUAUGCCUUUUCUGUUCCCUGCCUCGGGCGCUCUGCCCGGUCCUGAUCGUGAGUUGGUGCCUAGCAAUGAUCAAGAGCCUGGCAUUGGGCAACAUGACACCAGCGCCAGCAGUGCUACAUAUACUCCCAGCAAACUUGGAUCAGAGGGAAGCAAAUCCAUGACUGGGAGCUACUAUGUGGAUGGUGAUGGCUCUAGAGCGCCGUUUCGUGGUCAGACUGCUGGACAAUGGAGAGACCGACGGAUGAUGGCGACCAACGAUGCAUCAACCCCUGGAAGCAGUAUAGCCAAUCACACAGACGGUGCACCACGCGGUUUAUGGGAGGGCCCAUUGGUGAGUGUGGACGGCUAUAAUAACCUGAUACGGGAACUGGGGAGAGAGAACUUGGUUGUCGAUACCAACUUCUUCCCGUCUUUACACUGCAUCGAGGCAUGCGUCCACUCAUACUUCGCUAAUUUUCACCCAAUAUUACCUUUUAUUCGGAGGAAGACCUUUUUGGAAGAGUCAAUGAAACAUUGGGAACUCCUCCUUGCAGUGGCUGUGGUUGGGUCUAAGUACAACACGUCUAAUGAAGAGCCGCAGCUUAACCCGGAGUUCAUAGCCAUUCUGGACGGCAUAUCUAGCAGCCAAAUGUGCCACGAUGGACCAGCAGAAACUGGGAUCCCUUCAAUGUCAUCAUUGCAGGCGGCUAGCCUCUUCUUGAUCUGCACUCUUCACAAAGGCAAGUCAGCAAUAACAAGGCACGCUUUAGUCGGACGGCACUACCUUGUUGAAGCUUGCAAUGAAUUAAAUCUGCUAUCGGGAGAGUCUGAGGACAGUCAUGUCCACCACGACUUGAACAAACUCGUUGAGGACUGGUCAAUGAAGCAGUCUCGUAUCAGGACUGGCUUGAUGAUAUGGUUACUUGAUGCUAUCAUCUCAUACGAGUUCAACGUAGCUCCACUGAUGCAGUUGGUGGAUGCAAAAGUCCUCUUACCAUGUCAGGAUUAUAUAUGGGAAUACCCAUCGGCAGAGAAAGUUAUUGCAGAACAAAAGUCAUCCGUCACACUGCUUGCCGCAAUCGAAAUGUUGUAUAUCGAAAAGCGUCUUCCAGAAAGCCUGAGCGAAUUCAGCACUAUUUUAAUUAUUCACAGCAUUUGGCGAAGGACCAAAGAGGUCAUCAACCAGAACCGGACACAACUGGCAAAUUGGACUCCCAGUGCUACAAUCCAAACGCGUGAAGCCCACCAGAGAGCAUCAACAGAGACCUGGCCGCCGUCAAGCCCAAUAUUAUCAAAGUGGCGCAACAGUGCCUGCGACUGUCUAGAUAUACUGCACUGGAGAGCUAAUGCAAAGGCAGCCACCGCCGGCGGAUUGGAACACCCUACUAUCAUGUACUUGCAUCUAUCUCGCCUCAUUUUGCUCACGCCUGUAGCGCAAAUCCAAACUUUGGCAACCAAUCCCAGGAAUGCAAACACCACAAACCUCGCUGUUAAUCAGCGAUAUACGGAUGCGAGCAAUCAUGUGCUGAAGUGGACGAUGAAUGAUUCAUUCAAGGCUAGGCUCGCCAUCAUUCACGCUGGCGCGCUGUUUUGGCAUAUACGACGGUACUCGACAAGGAGCUUUCUGGAACCUUUUACAAUCUACAUGGCCACGCUCAUCAUCUGGGCAUACAGUGUCUCAGUGCAAUUUGCAAAACAACAGGAAGAGUUCCAAGCCGCACCUUCGAUGGAGGGGCCGCUAUCGCCAGAAGCCCGCACUGUGGCCGCUGCGUGCCAGCAACCAACAACUUCCACACAGGAUGAAGACCUAUGUUCAGAGCUCCCCUUUUUCUUCAUCGAUCGGCCGUGUGACGACGAGAUGGUGCAAAUGUACCUCCGCUUCGGUAACAAGAUGUCUGCGCAUAUGGCAAGAGUUGGAGUCAUAACGCAAACCUCCGCUCCAGGCAAAAUCCUCCAAGAAGGCAUCCGACUCCUUGGAAAUGCCACGGCGGGUGGGCAAGACGUACCUGAAAUGAGCACAUGGGGGGCAGAGAGGACUUACAUGGAGGUGUUGGUUGCUUUGGCUCGGGCAAUGGAACAGAAGCAGACAUGA